AAACAAAAAAAGAGCAAAAAGAAAUACAUUUCGGAACGCUGCGCUGCCAAUUAAACAGAUAUUUACAAUUAAAAACAUUUACAAUUUGUGUGGAAAGUAAUCUUUGAACUGCGGCGCGUGUGCCAGCGCAUUGCAUUUGUGGAGCACAUAAACACUUCCAGUGAUAUAAGCAAAGUACAAAACAGUCGCCGCUUCCUCUUGGACUACUCGACUUCUUCUCGGUGAACUCCCGUGUGCAGACAAAGAAAGGAUAGGUUAAAACGCACACAUAGUCACGACUCACGAUGUCAACCGGAAGGCCCAUAAAAUGUGUUGUCGUCGGUGACGGCACCGUCGGAAAGACCUGCAUGCUAAUCUCCUACACAACAGACAGUUUUCCCGGUGAAUAUGUGCCUACAGUCUUCGACAAUUACUCCGCACCCAUGCAAGUGGACACAAUACAGGUCUCGCUGGGACUGUGGGAUACAGCGGGGCAGGAGGACUACGACCGCCUGCGUCCACUCUCCUACCCACAGACAGAUGUUUUCCUGAUAUGCUACAGCGUGGCGAGUCCCUCGUCAUUCGAAAAUGUCACCUCGAAAUGGUAUCCGGAGAUAAAACACCACUGCCCCGACGCACCCAUCAUUCUAGUUGGCACUAAAAUCGAUUUGCGGGAAGAUCGCGAGACGUUGAGUGGAUUGGCCGAACAGGGUCUGACGCCGCUAAAGCGCGAGCAAGGUCAGAAGUUGGCGAAUAAAAUACGCGCUGUGAAAUAUAUGGAGUGCUCCGCCUUGACGCAGCGCGGCCUUAAGCAAGUGUUCGAAGAAGCGGUGCGCGCCGUACUCAGACCAGAGCCAUUAAAGCGACGCCAGCGAAAGUGUCUAGUUAUGUAAAUAAGGUAGCAUGUUAUUUGCUUUGUAACGGCCACAAACAGAGAGAGCGAGAAUUCUCGGAAGCAGCAGCACAUACAACACAUACACAGGCAUAAAGUACACCUUUUGAGCGCCCUCAUCUACCUUAAACAUGAAAACGAAUCAAAAACAGAUAACUCCAUUCAUUGAGCACUAAACAGAGCCACACACACACACACACAUUUUGUAUAAGUUGAAAAUUGUUCGAAUUGUAUUAUUGUGUAAAUUGCAACACAACACACAUGACUCCCUCCCGCAAAACAGAAGCAGCAGAAACAAAAACAGAAAAUAAUGUAUCUAAAUCAGCUAUAGAAAUCUAGUCAAUUGAAUCGAAUGUAUUUGUACUAAUUGUAACAGGCAGCGCACGAGAAAAUUAUAAUGAAGCAAAGCACUGGUUUCGUUUCGUUUCGCAUAUCAUGAGCAUCAAUGCAUCUCAUUUCCUAGUUUCCCCUCAUUAAAUGUAUUAUAAUUAUCUAGCCAAGAGUUAAAGCAUGAUAACCUCUCCUAAAAAAAGAAAACUAAAGCCAAGGCUAAUCACCCCGUGAGCUCUUAGAUAAAAGUAUCCUUUAUACGAUAUUUAAGCAUAUGCAAGCAUUUUUUUGACUAACUCGAAUCGUAAUCAUAAUCACACCUCCACUCAUUUGACGCUCAUUUGACACUCUGUCGCUUGAAAAUUGUAACCAACUGUUGUUUUAAAUUAUUAUCUUUAUAAUUACUUAUUUAUUAUCCUAACUAUAAAGAAGAAGGCAAUGUAUAAACAACUUUUACGGCGUAAGGAUAGCAAAAUGGUUUAUGUAAAUGGAAUGGCAAAACUGCAUUUAAAUGUGACGACGUGACUCGAAUAAAACAGAGGAACAAAAGAAUCAAAACAAUCGAAAUAGAUCGAAUAAACAAAAGCAAACAAUUCUCAUAACAAAAA